GAGGGACACUCCACGCGACAAGUGUAGCGUAGACAAGAUGGCGCUCGCUGUUGUGCCACAGAAGUAACCAGCGCUUGACGAAAAAUCAGAUUAACCAUCAUGCCUUGGGAGGAGCUGGUUUCACUGCUGGCUGUCGUCACCAUGGUGAUGUGAAGACGGCAGUGACUGACUGUGAUGGACAGGUGUAAGCACGUGGAUCGCUUAAGGCUCGCGCAGGACCACUCGAUCCUGAACCCGCAGAAAUGGCACUGUGUGGACUGCAACACCACCGAGUCGGUGUGGGCAUGUCUCAGCUGUUCGCAUGUAGCGUGUGGACGCUACAUAGAAGAACAUGCGCUUCAGCACUUUAAGGACCAGCACCACCCUUUGGCCCUGGAGGUGAAUGAAUUGUAUGUAUACUGCUACUUAUGCGAUGACUACGUGCUGAAUGAUAAUGCGACGGGUGACUUGAAGCUGCUGCGUAGCACGCUAAGUGCCAUUAAGAGCCAAUGCUAUGAAGUCACUACGCGCAGUGGCCGCACUUUGCGCUCGUCCUCCGCCGCAGGAGACCAGUUGUCAGCUAGCACGCAGGAGCUGCAGUUGCGCGACGAGGACCGCAUGUUCACGGCACUGUGGCACCGCCGUCGUGCCCUAAUUGGCCGUGUAUUCCGCUUGUGGUUUGCACAAACGGAAAGGGGGAGGAAGCAGUUGGAGGAGGAGCGGCAACAGGAGGAAGAGGAGGAGAGGAAGCGGGAGGCACGGGAAAGAAGGUGGCAACUCAAAAGGCAGCUGAAGGAGGAGCUGGAAAGCGCACCUCCCAGGAAGAGCCAUCGCAUUCGUCGGCAGAGCUUAAAGGCAGCUUCUGCGGAUGCCACGGCAAAGUCAGCCAAAAGCAUCAAACCUGUGAGGCGUAGGUCUGCUCCUGCUCGCGUCUCUGCCCCUACUCCACGAACUCCUAGAGAGAGAACGCCUCAACAGAGGCCCCGUCCACAACCCAAGGCCAAAAGGCCCCGGGCCCCACCUCCUAAAACAGGUGAUUCGCCUAUCAAACGGCGGCCCACUGUAACUCCAGGAGUCACGGGUUUGCGCAACCUUGGCAAUACUUGCUACAUGAACUCAAUAUUGCAGGUUCUGAGUCACUUGCAUGUAUUCCGGGAGUGCUUUUUGAGGCUGGAUCUGAACCAAGCACUGGAGCUGCUAGCCUCUGCGGUCAGCCGCAAGUUAGGACUCUCUACACAGCGUGUGACCCAGCCCAAAGGCUCCAUCCAGGGGUCAGGGCUCAGCGGAGGGGCCUCCCGUUCACGCAACAUGGAGCUCAUACAACCCAAGGAGCCCAGCUCCAAACACAUCUCGCUUUGUCACGAAUUACACACACUGUUCCAAGUGAUGUGGUCAGGCAAGUGGGCUCUGGUGUCCCCGUUUGCAAUGCUGCACUCCGUGUGGCAGCUGAUCCCGGCGUUCCGGGGUUAUGCGCAGCAGGAUGCACAGGAAUUUCUUUGCGAACUCUUAGAUAAAGUACAGCAUGAGCUGGAACGGACCCGAACGCUAACACCUGCCACUGUUCCGGCCAAUCAGAGACGGCUUAUCAAACAGGUGCUCAGCGUGGUCAACACAAUCUUUCAUGGCCAGCUCCUCAGUCAGGUGAGGUGUUUAGCAUGUGAUCAUCGCUCAAACACAAUAGAGCCCUUCUGGGAUCUUUCUUUGGAAUUCCCGGAACGUUACCACUGCAACAGUAAGGAUGCGGCACAGGUUCCGUGUGGGUUGACCGAGAUGCUGGCCAAGUUUACAGAAACCGAGGCUUUGGAGGGAGCGAUAUAUGCUUGCGACCACUGCAACAGCAAACAACGGCGAUUCUGUUCAAAGCAGGUGGUCUUGACUGAAGCUCAAAAACAGCUGAUGGUUCACAAACUGCCUCAUGUUCUCAGGCUGCACCUCAAACGCUUCAGGUGGUCUGGGCGAAACCACAGGGAGAAGAUUGGCGUUCACGUUCAUUUUGAGCAGGAGCUGAACAUGGAACCCUACUGCUGCAAAGACUCCAGUAACUUACCCCACCCUCAACACUUCCUCUACCAACUCUCUGCUGUCGUCAUGCAUCAUGGGAAGGGAUUUGGCUCUGGCCACUACACUGCCUUUUGUUAUAAUACAGAAGGAGGGUUUUGGGUGCACUGUAACGACUCCAAACUGAGUGUGUGUGCCGUGGAGGAAGUGUGUAAGGCCCAGGCCUACAUUCUCUUCUACACACAGAGAAACUCUCAGGACAAAAGCAAAGCCAGUGACCUCUGACCCCUUCUAAAUACCCCGUCAACCACAGAGACUGUUUGUUUUGUACAUUCUGUUAAUAUAGUUUUGAGAUGGUUAGCGUGUGUCUCCUUUUUCUAGUGUACAGCAAAUGUGGAGUGUAUGUUUUUGUCACGCACACUUAUGCCUUACAGUUUUACAACCGACAGAUUUCGGUAGGAGGCAUUCUUGGCAGUGAUUGUAGCAUUCGUUUGUGCGCGUGUACGAAGAGAGUGAAGUUGGUCCAAGUCGGAAGCAUUAAUGCCACUCUCGUCAGUGUCUGUAUGUAUCCCCGAUUGUUUUCCACAAACCAAAGUCGAGUUGUGAAUGUGUAACGAGCCUGAAAUCUUUGUAGCGUCAGUAUGAAAGGAGGUGUAAGAAACAGAUGUUUUUUUUCUCUUCAUAUUGCAAGUGUUUUAAUAUCUUCAACCAGAUUUUUAAAGUGCCCUGCCAAGUCAGAUUAAAGAUGUCUAGACUUUUAAACAAGACUCGAUUCAGGAUUCAGUCACCUUCUCAGAAUGUAGUUUUAUACCUGGUAUUUGGGUAGACGAUUUGUUUUUUCCAUUUUACAGGAAAAUGUAAAAGAUUUUUUCACCAGCAAAAGACAAUGUAUGCUGUAUAUUCUUCCCUGUCUGUGUGUGGCGUUAAAGACUGUUCUCACUUUGUUGGAUGUUUGUGUUUGUGCAACUCUCACACACACACUUGCUUGGAUAUCUUACGCUCCACAUCUUGUUUGUUCAAAUCCAUUUUCCUCCUCCGCUUUCAAGCAGGUAUAGAUGUAAAACUAUGCAAACUGUUACCUCAAUUCCUAGAGAAAUUUACCUCAAUAAAAGGAGAAUAUUUUUGC